GAGCAUAUCCGGUGUAGGUGGUGAGGGGAGGAUUAGGGAAGCUUGGAGCGGGCUGUGUUGACGGCUUGUGCCGGUGCUCUCGCUCUCUGCUGUUGGAUGUGCAGUGCGGCUAAACUAACGAUUUGUUUCGGUUUAUUGUUGAUAAUGUCAAAGGUGGGGUCAGUGGCAGCGCGAUUCAAAUCGAUAGAUUAUGAAAUUAAUGGCCGAGUACAGGGAGUCUGUUUCAGAAUGUACACAGAGGAUCAGGCUAGAAAACUUGGAGUGGUGGGAUGGGUUCGAAAUACUAGGAGGGGAACUGUAGAGGGACAAGUGCAAGGGAAAGAGGAACUUGUGAACUCAAUGUCAGGAAGCCUGGAACAGGUGACCAAGGUGAUCAACUUCCAGAGUCUGACCUCCAGGACCUGGAAGAAUUGGUUAAGCAAAGUGGGAAGUCCAAGCUCUCGCAUUGACAGAGCACACUUUUCAAAUGAGAAGGAGAUCUCCAAAAUGGAAUUCAGUAAUUUCACCACCAGAUACUAAUAGCAUGAUCUUACAUUGCUCCCCAGCUAACAGCUGAAACAACCAGUUGAAAUUAUGUUAGCAAUGUUCAUUUUCACCCCAAUGCCUUUACUUGCGUGAUUGCUGCUUACGGAAAAGGUUUUCUCUUUACUAUCAAAACAAACAAUACUUUUUGCUGAAAAGAAGUGACAUAAGAAAGAUUGCACUAAUAUACAAAAUGAUAUUUCCCUGUAGAGAUGUAAACUUAGGACGAAUUUUCUUUCAGUUUUCUCUGUUAAAUAGUUCUUACUUAAAUUAAAAAUAAAACUUGCAUGGAGGUAUGGUGCUAUGCUGUCUUUCGAAAACAUUUGAGAAUGUUUAUUUUAAAAAUAUGAGCCAAUUGGUUGUGCAUUUGAAGUAUAUAAAUAAGAAAAUAGAAAUAAAAAUAAAUAAAUUUCAACUGUGGUAUUCAAGUCAUUUUUAAAUUAUUGUGCAUUGAACUGAGUUUUAAGCAAUAAAAAUUCCUCUAACUCACUAAAA